GUUUGCUGACUAUGUUGACGCUAAGGAUAAGUGGCUCCCUGAUGCUAUGCGCGCUAAGCAGCAGACUCCCCAUGCGGAUGGCCGGCGUAUCCCGUUGGAACUGUAUGCCGACGACCUCAGCCUUUUCGCUACGACGCACAGACGGCUGAUUGUGUUGCUUUCUGAUUUGAGAGAGUGGUGUGAGGCCUUUGGGAUGCGGGUGAAUGUCCGUAAAUGUGAAUUGAUGGUUUUCCACCCUCGUGCCAAUAUCCGCGAGGCUUUUGCUGCCCUUUGCCCCGUGGUGUGGACUUCUAUUGAGGGAAAUGCGCGAGUACCUAUGGUUAUUCCCUGGGUACAACGAGCCCGUUACCUUGGUUUGCACUUUGGUCCUGGCACACCGUUUGUUUCCUGCACAGAGGAACUGUUGACCUCUGGCCGACGUGCUAUGUUUUCUCUUCAGCGUAAAUUAAAACGCCUAGGUCUUUUGGUCCCUGCUGUUGCAGUUAAGUGCUUCGACGUGCAAGUCCGCUCCAUCUUGUCGUACGGUGUCCAGGUGUGGGGGCCUGAUGUGGUGCUGAAGCUAAUGACGGACUGCGAGAAUUCCGCGAGGUACUUUGACAGAUCCUUGCGGGACCCAAUGGUGCAGUUACAAAGGGAAUUUCUUCGGGAGAUUGCGGGUGUGAAAGUCUCGCCUGAUAAGUUGCUGUUUAAGGAGUUUAACCAGCGCCCCUUGCAUGUCUUCUGGCUGGAACUGUUUCUGAGGUUUUGGAAUGACCUGGUCAAGCAGAAGGACACGGUCUACCACCAGGCGUUGCGAGGUGAAAUUCGUUCGGCUCUCAGUACUGAGCAUUAUGAUGGCUGGGGUUCUAAGGUGUUGAAGAUUCUGAAAAUGUUAGGGACGGAUUUGACGGCCUUGGGGGGUGAGUUGGACUUGAAUGCGCGUGUGGAACGUAUUGCUGGCACGGAGCUAAAUGUGUCUGCUCUCACUAAAAAGUUUGCUGAUAGAAUGGAUGCGGAUUGGGAGG